AAAGGGAGAGAGCCGAAAACAUCUCACUCUCGCUCUCCUACUUCUUGGAUUCAAAUAACCGUCAUCGGCUAAGGGCGGAGCCGCGGAUCGUCUCUCUCAUCCUCUCUCCGGAAACCAUGAUCUCCUCCAGCAAACUCAAAUCGGUUGAUUUCUACAGGAAAAUACCUAGAGACUUGACGGAGGCAUCCCUUUCAGGUGCUGGAUUAUCUAUCAUUGCAGCAUUUUCCAUGAUGUUUUUAUUUGGAAUGGAGUUGAAUUCUUACCUGACAGUGAGCACAUCUACAUCCAUAAUUGUUGAUAAAAGUACAGAUACAGAGUUCUUACGCAUUGAUUUUAACAUAAGUUUUCCUGCACUCUCAUGCGAAUUUGCAUCAGUUGACAUGAGUGAUGUAUUGGGAACAAGCAGGUUGAAUAUUACAAAAACUGUCCGCAAAUUUUCGAUAGAUCCCAAUUUAAUACCAACAGGAUCUGAAUUCCACCAUGGAACUGUCCCGAAAAUUAAUAGACAUGGAGAUGAAAUUGAAGACGAAGAUGCUGAUGGUUCAGUUUCUUUAACUGCUGACAAUUUUGAAAAAUUUGCACGUCAGUAUCCCAUUUUGGUGGUCAAUUUUUAUGCACCUUGGUGCUAUUGGAGCAAUCGCUUGAAACCAUCAUGGGAGAGGACUGCUAAAAUAAUGAGACAAAGAUAUGAUCCUGAAAUGGAUGGACGUAUUCUCUUGGGAAAGGUUGAUUGUACUGAAGAAGGUGGACUAUGCAGGAGGCUUCCUAUUCUGUUGCUUGGCAUUACCUCAUGCAAGAAGGGUUUUGUUCAUAACCAAAGGCUUAGAAACUCUUUUCCAUUUAAAUAUAGAGCUGAUAUGUUGCUAGAUGCACCACCUAAGCACUUGCAGAGGCAUCAUAUCCAGGGCUACCCAUCUAUUCGCAUUUUCCGCAGGGGGAAUGAUAUUAAGGAAAAUCAUGGCCACCAUGAACAUGAAUCUUAUUAUGGAGAACGGGACACAGAAAGUUUAGUUGUGGCAAUGGAAACUCUGGUUGCACCUGUUCCAAGAGAGUUCCAUAAACUAGCAUUGGAUGACAAAUCUGGUCAAACCAUCGAUACAGCAAAACGGCCUGCGCCAUUGACUAGUGGGUGUAGAAUAGAAGGUUUUGUGCUUGUCAAAAAGGUUCCAGGUAGCCUUGUCAUCUCAGCCCGCUCUGGAGCGCACUCCUUUGAUCCAUCUCAAAUAAAUGUCUCGCAUGUCAUUUCACAAUUUUCAUUUGGUAAGAAGCUCACCCCACAGAUGCUGUCUGAAGCGAAGAGGCUAUCACCCUAUGUUGGUGGAAGCCAUGAUCGAUUAACAGGUCGAUCAUACAUCACUAAUCAUGCUGAUGAUGUUAAUGCAAAUGUUACUAUUGAGCAUUACCUUCAAUUGGUAAAGACUGAGAUAGCAUCAAGAAAAUCUUCUCGGGAGUUUAAAUUGCUAGAGGAGUAUGAGUAUACAGCCCACAGUAGUUUGGUGCACAGUCUGCAUAUUCCUGCUGCCAAAUUCCAUUUUGAGCCCUCUCCUAUGCAGGUCUUGGUAACUGAAGUUCCAAAAUUCUUCUCGCACUUCAUUACAAAUGUUUGUGCUAUCAUUGGAGGCAUUUUUACGGUUGCUGGAAUAUUGGAUUCUAUCCUGCACAAUACGAUCCGGCUUAUGAGAAAGGUUGAAUUAGGAAAACAAUUUUGAUGGGCAAAGGUGAAAUAUUGGUUGUACAACGGGUCCACAGUUUUGCUCAUUCCCCUAGUUAGCAAUUCCAUUUUGAAUGCUUUCACUCAUAGCAGAUGAUGCUUUUUGUCACAAGACGCAUGCAUUGGCCAGUGUAAUUAAAACCUGGCAAAUGCAUAUAUAGAAAAUAUUGCUUCCCAAAACCAUUCCUUCGAAUUGAAGAAUUCCAGACCGUUCCUUGCAUCAGGGGCAA